AUGUUUCGAUUGGUAUAUGUUCCUCACGUCGGCGAUUCUGGAGCUGCACCUCAGUCAACACCAUCAAACACUACAUCGAGCACAACAGGAGCAGCAACGGUUGCUGCUGAUUCAAGCGGUACACACGAGGCUGCAGCGGCGGCUAGCUCCUCAUCGAAACCUGGACCAAGUGGUGUGGUGAGCAGUGGAACAAACUUAAUAAACGGUGGUCCUGUUUUGACGCCUCCAAAGAAAACGUCCGCUCCUAACACGACGACUGCAGCAAAUCCAUUUGAAGCACUAUCUGCAACAUCGUCAGCAUCAUCAUCCGGAAUGACCAAAAGAGCCGGUUCACAGCAUGACAACCCAUCGAAUAGCGUCUCGAAAACGUCCUCGACAGAUUCCGUCCCGUCUCCAGCAUCAUCGUUGCUCUCAGAACCCGAUAUGUCGGAUCUGCGUCAAAGGAGACUCCAAAAAUUCGCACAUUCAACAUCGUCUAAUUCCGAUGUUGCUGCCACACAGCCACGUCGCUAUCCCGGCCACGAAGAGCACUAA